AUGCUCCUGCAGGACCCCAGGUUGCCAGAGCUUUUCGAGCGCUACCCGCUUCUACGUCAAAAGCUGAAGUCCAUUUUUGAAACCACUGCCGAGGAAAACAGCGAGAUCUCGUCCAACGCUCGUCACCACGGGCAGCCAAAAGCUGCAAAGCCUCCAGCCCAGCGUAUUGUCCGUUCGCUGCAGAACCUUGAAAAAGAGUUGAGUUCAGACAACGCCGAACGCAUCGGUCUGAAAGCUUUCGCAGACUUGGUGGUGGCCGUCAAUUCAAACCAAGCCAGAAAGACGUGA